AUGUCGCUGAGGAAAGCGCAGAAAAUGUUUCUCGUCCCACCUCAUCAGCUAAACCGUAUAACACAACAACAACAACCAACCGCCAUCAGAGAAGCCGUCGAGGAUGAUUUGGAUGCCAAAAUGAGAGCCGUAUUAGAUGAGCCGGGGUUGACUCCCCACGAAAAAAUUAAAAAGUACAACGCUUUACUGCAAAGAUAUUUAACUUUGAUGAAGCAAGGUCAGAAAGAGCAGCGGCGUGUAACCCUAACUCUUCAGAGGGAAUCCGAAGGGAGGGAGCCCGAGCUCUCAAAUCAACAAAACGGUCAGGUAUCAUCUCAGGAGUCAGACGAUACCGAUCAUGUGAUAACAGAAGUUUUAAAAAGCUUCCCUCCGCGAGAUCGCAACAACACCGAAUACAUCUUAAAAAAAAUAUCCGAGAGUGAUAAAAGUUGGAAUGCAAAGGGAGAAUUUGUUUAUAAGGGUCAUGCUGUGAAGGGGUAUCAUAUGACUGAUUUAUUGAAACACCUAUCACACUCUUAUAAAUUAUCCCGAUCUGCGCCACCGACGGGUUGGUUAGAAUUUUUGAAUACCCUGGCUGAUUUAAACAUCCCUUCUUACGCGGUGAAAAACUCUCAAGCUCGCGAUCAAUAUCGGGCCCUCAAGACGGGUACGGACGAUGACCAAAAUGUCAUGGCUGAAAAAGAAACAACUCGCGCGAGGAGACGUGGAAAGAUGAAGAAACAAACGACUCUGUCACCGACUUGGAUCGGUAUUUCACCGUAA